AUGGAUGCCUUCCGCGGACAAUUGGAACACAUUCCCCUGCCAACCACCUCGUUCCUAGGCCAAACUAUUAUUGUCACGGGAUCCAACACUGGCUUGGGAUUGGAAGCUGCCAGGCAUUUUGUGAGACUUGAUGCAGAAGUUGUUAUUCUCGCGGUCAGGUCGCUAGACAAAGGCGAAGCAGCUAAAGCCUCUAUCGAGGCGUCCACGAAGCGAAAGAAUGUUGUCCAUGUAUGGCAGCUGGAAAUGGAUAAAUACGAUUCAAUCAAAUCCUUCGCCUCAAGAUGUCAUUCACUCGAAAGGCUUGAUGCCGUGGUGGAAAAUGCUGGCGUUUUGAGGAAUACAUACGAAGCGAGUGAGGGUAUUGAAAUCAGCAUCAAGAUCAAUGUGAUCGGGACAUUCCUACUAGCAUUGAACUUGUUCCCAGUGCUUCGAAAGUCAUACGAAAAGACUGGACGAAUACCGAGACUAGUCAUUACCAGUUCCUCUGUUCAUUAUAAUGCGAAAUUCCGCGAAAGAUUCGAACCUUCAAUCUUCGAUGCUUUGAAUAAAAACAAGCAAGAAUGGCUUAAUGAUCGGUACAAUGUAUCGAAACUACUCGAGGUCAUGCUUGUCCGCUCAAUUGCUGCAGCAAUGAAUGAAGGACCUCAUAGCGCUCAGCCAAUCAUUUUGAACAACGUGCACCCCGGGCUGUGCGAGUCAGAGCUAGACAAGGAUGUCAAGGGAUUGCCUCGCUACCUUCUCACCAUCGCGAAAACACUCGUUGCGCGCAAGACAGAGGUAGGGUCACGGACACUCGUGCAUAGUGCAGCUGCUGGAGAUGAAAGCCAUGGAAAGUACAUGAGCGAGUGUAGGGUUAGGGAGCCGGGCGCCUUUGUCAGGAGCAAGGAGGGUGUAGAGACUGCGAAACGUGUGCACAAGGAACUGAUGGCUAUACUAGAGACCAUCCAACCCGGAAUUACACAAAACAUUUAG